AUGUCGACAACGCCAUGGAACAAGCCAAUCCUCGCUCGACAGCGCUCCUCUUCCAACUUCAUCGUAACCACAGUCUCGGUCGCCGUCUUCACUGACAUCUUCCUCUAUGCCGUCAUUAUUCCCGUCCUGCCAUUUGCCCUGACCGACCGAAUUGGCAUCCCAAAGGAUGACGUGCAGCACUGGGUUUCCGUAUCGCUCGCAGUCUUUGCCGCCGCCGUGCUUUGCUCGUCACCCACCUUUGGCUAUGUCGCCGACUGCACCCAGAGCCGCCGAAUCCCCAUGCUCCUUGGCCUCGUCCUGCUGCUCGGCACCUCCCUCCUUCUCUGCUUCAGCACCAACAUUGCCAUGCUGCUCAUUGGCAGAGUCCUCCAGGGCAUGUCUGCAGCCAUGGUAUGGAGUGUCGGGCUGGCACUCGUCGUCGACGCUGUUGACGGCCAGAAGCUCGGCGAGGCAAUGGGAUGGGUCGGCUCGGCCACUAGUUUCGGAACCCUGGUUGCGCCGUUGCUGGGCGGUCUCGUCUACUCAGGCGCGGGAUACUAUUCCGUGUUCGCAAUGUGCUUUGCCCUAAUUGCCCUCGACGUCGUGUUACGGCUGUGCAUCAUUGAGCCCAAAGACGCAAAGCGUUGGCUCAAGGCCCAGGAACCAGAACGAGAGCCCCUCAUUGCUGAAGCAGACGGCAUCGGCACGCGCGAAAGACGGGAUCAGCCAAAUACAGGGUCAUCUGCCGAGACCAAUGCGACCGAACGGCCUACAAGCCCGUCACUAAAGAAGCUGGCGCAUCUGUUGAGCAAGCCCCGCCUCCUCGCUGCUCUUUUCGGCACAGUCAUCGAGUCUGGCGUCCAAACGUGCUUUGACAGCACGCUACCCUUGUUUGUCUCGUCCACGUUUGGCUGGGAGGCCACCGGCGCCGGACUGGUAUUCCUAGCCCUCAUUCUGCCGACGUUCCUUGGUCCCUUUGCGGGAGCCUUGAGCGAUCGAUACGGUCCGAAAUGGCCGGCCACGAUUGGGUUACUGGCGGCGGCACCGCUUUUGGUGUGCCUGCGGUUUGUGACCGAGAAUACCAUCGGCCACCAAGUCCUGCUAUGUGCGCUGUUGGCGGGCAUUGGACUAUCUUUGACUUUUGUCUUUGGCCCUCUCAUGGCAGAGAUUACCUGGGCUAUCCAGGAAGGCAGUGACGACCCCACCGUGGAGCCCUACGCACUGGUCUAUGGCCUGCACACCAUGUCUUUUUCCGUUGGCGGGAUACUGGGUCCCGUGCUGGGCGGUCUGAUCCGUGACAGGCUCGGAUGGCCGACCAUGGGGUUGGUGUUUGGCGUGGCCAACGUUGUGGCGUCCGUCGUGCAGAUUAUUUGGACUGGGGGCCCUUUGAGGUUAAGUGCAGGCCAAUCAGCGUAG